AUGCUACAAACUAAUAAUUUAAAAAGAAUUCGAGAUGAAAAGGAGUUAAACCAAGACACAACAAAGAUGAAAAUAGCAAAUAAGCAAAAAUCAAAUAUUUUUGAUUUUCAAUGUUCUGCCUUUUUAACUGGGAAAAUUUUUGAUUUUCAAUUAUCUCAAGUAUUUAAUAAGAAUAGCAAUAGUUCGUUUAACUAUGUUGCCUUAUUCUUUUGCAGUUAUAAUUUCUCACCACAAUCUAAAAAGGAUUUGUAUCAUAUAGAAGAUAAUUCUGCUCAUUUAAUUCAAUAUGGUGCUUUACCGAUUGUAAUAACACAGGAUGGAAUUCAACUACAUUCGGUUUAUGCGACUCCUGGGAAGUCAGCUGGAAGUCUAACAUUUCAACCCUCUUUUAUUUUAGCUUCAGAUAGUACUGAUAGACUUAUUGCUCGAGCUUAUAAAUCAAUUGACUCCAAGACACAUGAUAUUCAAAGGACUAUCAUUAUUUUAGACCAUAACUUGCAUGUUUUAUUCUAUCAUAAAGUCCCUCAUCAAAAGUUUUUUCCUAUGAAAAUGAUUUUAAAUUGUUUUGAACAAUCAUGUAAAAGGAAUUAUUAA